CAGAACUUCACCGAUCAGUCAAUCAUCAACGCCUGCUGUGAAGACUACACGCUCAGAAAAAAGUUAGUCAUUUGCUUGGAAGAAAGCAAAGCAUCUUGGCUUAGGUCCAACAAGGAAGUGCACAUUCAUUUCCUCUUUGACUAGUGCUUAUCAGUUGGUCGCAACAUAGAAUUCGUGAGCCGGCUGAGGGGACAGAAGUUCUGGGAAAGUUUUGUGUGAGCAAAUAGUGAAUCUUGUUAUCGUUACGAACGGGAAAAAGUGCGAAAGUGCAGCUUGAAUCGGAAAAUUGAGUGAUAAUUAUUCUCUUUGCGAGUGUGUCCGAGAGUUAAUGCCCUCAGGAUGUAUUUAUCAAACGGAACGGGACUGCUCUUCCCCACGUUAAUGUAUUUAGCGAACUAUAAAGAUACCGACAGAUUGGUGACGUUAAACCCGGCGAUCAACGAGGAAUAUCGGGCAGAUCCCAACAACGUGGUCUGCUAUGGCGUUUACGGGUGCUUCCCAAUCACCCCACCGUGGACGGACGAGCGCCGUCCGAUUGCUCUCUAUCCGGAAACCCCCACGAAGAUCAAUGUCCAGUUUCCGGUGUUCAACAAGAACAACCGGAUGAUACCGAAAUUCAUCAAUCUGGACGACCCGGAUUACACGCACAAGGUUGGGAUCAACCCGGCGGGGAAGAUCUAUUUCAUCGCCCAUGGCUUCCUGGAGUCCGGGAAGGCCAAAUGGAUCGAGGUUCUGAUCAACCGGAUUCUGGACCAAGAUCUGGAUGGGACGGCAACGUGUAUCGUGGUCGAUUGGGGUGGCGGUUCGAGCCCUCCGUACAACCAAGCCAGUGCCAACAUUCGACUGGUUGGUGCGAUUGCGGCCAAUGUGAUUCAUCUGAUCUAUGAAGAGCUUGGGCUGAAAAACCUUAACAACGUACACGUGAUAGGUCACUCGCUUGGGGCACACUUGUCCGGCUACGCCGGAUUCUAUCUGCAGAAAGAUUUCAAUUUGAAGUUGGGUCGAAUUACCGGGUUGGACCCGGCGGAGCUCGCAUUCACUGAAACCAAUCCAAUUGUGCGGUUGGACACAACCGAUGCCAAGUUUGUGGAUAUAAUCCACAGCGAUGCGACUCCGAUGAUGCCCAAGAUCGGCUUGGGACUGUACGAACCAAUCGGUCAUGUGGAUUUCUACCCGAACGGUGGAUUCAACCAACCGGGUUGCGAUCAGAGACUGUGGAAGCGUAAGGACGGUACGUUCCUUUCCAGUAUGUACCAGUUCUUUAGCUGCAGUCAUGUUCGGGCGGUGGACUUCUUCAUCGAGAGUGUCCAGAGUAAGUGCCCUUUCACGGCGAUCGCGUGUGAGAGUUACGAAAAAUUCCUAGCUGGAGAUUGCUUCAAUUGUGAUCGGGACGGUCAUCUGUGUUUCAACUUCGGGUUCAAGAGCUACGACAGCUUCAGGAGGUUGAGUCAGGCGAACCAGAUUGUUGGUAGUCCGGAGAUAAAGUCGUUCCUUAUAACCGGACCAGCGGAGCCUUUCUGCCGGACUCACUACAAGGUGACGAUCAAGGUUUCCGAGACGGAGGAGAGUGUUCUGCAUGGUGGAGAAAUUGGACGGUUUCACCUCAGUAUUUACGACAACAAAGGCGGCCAUUCGGAGAAGAUGGCCUUCACCCAGGAAUCACUGCUCUUCGAACCCGGUCGUAACUACACCCGCCUACUCGCUGGCAGCAGCGUGGAGAAACCGCGCAAACUAACCGUCAGCUGGGAGUACAACACGAGCUUCCUGAAUCCGCUGACGUGGCGGAUACUUAGCUCACCGCGGGUUUACAUCGAAUACAUCACGGUGCAGUCGCUUGAAUACCGCACCAAGAUACGUCUCUGUCCAACGUACAACGUGCCGGUUACGAGCAACGUGGACAGCAUGUUCACGCAGGAGAACUGCCGCUACUACCCGAGACCGCUGGAAACCAUUCUGAACUGAUGAGUAGCCUCCCACACACGGGCUGCAUUCCGCAGCCCGCAACAAUCUCGCCCUAUCAAUGCAAAUCACCAGUACUAGAGAGUAUAUAUAUGUAAGACGUAUUAUUUUUAAUCUUGUAGAAAAUAAAACAAUGUUAUAUUUUAUGA